AUGGGCAGCCCGCUCUUAGGGGAUUUAUGCGAGUUGGUGAUAAGGCAGCUUAAAGGAAAGAUCAUACUGCGAUUCGUUUCCAACAUUCUCAUAUACAAGAGGUAUGUAGAUGACAUCUUUAUUCUAUGGAAAGCGGAACCGAACAUAAACAAUUUCUUAAGUGCAAUGAAUGACAAUCCGUACAGACUCACCAUCAAAUUGGAUCAGAAGAGCAAUACGGCGGCGCAUUUCCUCGAUAUCCACCUACAACUUGAUGGCACUAGGGUGGUAACAAAAGUACAUUAUAAAUCAUACUAUAGGCCAUUGUUCAUCCUGGCCAACUCGGCAGACCCAUACUCAUAUAAGAUCUCGGCAUUCAGUGCCCUAACAAAGCGGGCUUUUACACACCACACUAGAUCUGAGGACAAAGAGGCGGAGUUGAAACGCAUUCAGAACAUAGCAGUACAGCAUGGAUAUAGAAAGAACCUGAUAUACGACCUUGCCCGUGCAUACGUAUCACGAAUAGCCGCACGCGACACUUCUAACAUACAAGCAGCGGCCCACGAAACACACAACGUAAAUAGCACACAGUCUCGUGCAGUAGUUGAGUACAAUCACCACCUCAACUCAGUUUACAGGGAGAUUGCCGCCCAUACUAAUACUAAGAUUGCAUACAACAGGCCUUGCACUGUAUAUGGGCUACUCCGCAGUGGCAAAGACAAGAUCAAUAAAAAGCAAGCACCGGGUGUUUACAUGGUCCCUCUAUGGGACAACAGGUUUCAAAGGGAAUUAGUUUAUAUUGGGUCCACAAAACGCUCUUUGAAUAAAAGAUUGCAGGAACACAAAUAUGACAUCGUUAAUAAACGGCACACCACCACCCUAUCAACAUAUGCCACUGAACCCUGCAUAAGAGCUCACCUACAUGAGGCCAAACUGAUCAAACUUUCUCACCAGGUGGAACACCUGCGAAAUCUGGAGUCACUGGAGAUUUACAAAGCCGGGUUACGCACCAAUUGCAUUAAGGCUAAUGAUGCGGUCAAUGUGUCGCACGCUUGGAAGUACUGCUAUGAGGUAACGGGCGACGUCCACUCCAGCAGUUAA